GGGCUGGGCGGCAUUAUCGGCUUCCGGUUGCUAGGGCCAGUCUCCGUGGCCUCUGGCCGCGCCUUGCCAGGGGACCAGGAUAACCUACGUGCUUUCCGCGGGAAGACCCACCACCUCCCUUGACCUUUACCUCGCUGCCUAAAUUCCGAGGCCAAGGGGAAAAGCCAGUUAUUUUUAGAAGCAGCUGAUUGAUUGCCUUUGAGGGUAGUAUAGGAGUCCAACCGAUCUUCUCCGAUAAUACGGAAGGAAAAUUACCAGCAUCAAGUGGACGUACUAACAGGGAUCAUACCUUGAGCGCUUGUGUGCAAAGUUAUCUUUGGAGGCUAAAACGGCCCAUUUAUGCAGCUCCAGAGCAUUCCCUUCUGGAGUGUCAACGGAAUAGUGAUGUGUCAGGCACUUUGAUGUGGCCCUGAGAACUAAGCGCAUGUUUUGGGGGUCCAUCUUCUGGCAUCAUUUCUAAAUAGUACUAAUUGGAACAGAGAUCCUGGAAAAUCUAAUUAGAUUGAAGACCAUCUUAUUUUUUGAUUAAAUAGUAUAACCCAACUAGUAGUGGUUGCAAUUUAUAACAAGUCACUGUUACUGAAAGAAAACAGCUUACUUGUGAAUACUUAGAUAUGGUGGGUCUUAAGAGGCUAUCAUGGAGGGAUUUCUUAUCUUUUUGACCAAAUCUUUUUCCAAAUAUGUAAAGUGAUAACAUUUUGAAGGUAGAGAAAAGAAAAAUGAAUGUUAUUUCUACUGUUCUGGAAAAUCAGUAUUAACUAGAUGAUCUAACUUGGCAGACUGAACAUUUUUGCUAACAUGGGAAAUUUUAGAAUGAUCCUGAUUGGAAUUCUGCUUGGACUCAGUACAAUAAGUACAAUAUUAGCACAGAAUGAUUUUCACUAAGAUGUAAUCUAGAUUCUAACAAAUGAUUUUUCAGCAACAAUUCAAACAUAUUCAAAACGUUUUCAAUUCUCAUUUAACCAAGAGCUAUGAAAAACAUGCUUAUUGUUAAUUAAAAUGCAAAACCACCCACAACUACUUCGAAGACCUUUACCUCCAAAAUUCCCUAAGCUGCCUUUAAGUAAGAAGAAAGUCCAUACAGCCAAGACUGGUAAAACUGAGCCAAAACAUGUGAAGUUCAUUCAAGAUGAAACCACUUCAGUUGAAAGAAAGAAAACUAGUUUUCCUGAUGUUGUUUCAAGAAAUCAACCACAAACCCUUGUCAAAAUCCAAAAUCUUUUUCUUGAUCAUUAUGUACAAGAAAGAGUGACUACUAAUUCAAUACCCAGAAAAACUUUUAAGAAUGUCUAUUGGCACAUUCCAGAGACUGCCACUGGUUCCAUAUUUUUUCCAACCUGUCAUUCAGCCUCAAGUCGAGUUUUUGGGAAAGAAACAAGACAAAUGAAAAGGUCAAGAAAAUCAAAAGACAGAGCAUCAAAAAUAAAAAAUUUUUAUUUUGGUGACAUGUUCAAAGACAUUCUGUUUCUCUCCUCAGAGUUCUCCAGACUUCCAAGUACCACUUCCCUAGCUAUUCCUCCCAAACCCGAGGAAGUUCACUCUGAGUAUCUACCUUUAUCUACCUAUAGUUUUAGGCAAUCUCUGAUAGGUCCACACGCAACAAUGCCAAGCCCUGUUCCAGGAUUUAGGCGUGCUAAAGCAGAAAGACGAUGGGCUAAACACUUAAAACAAAAUACUGCCAUGGUACUAAGUAUUACUCAUUUUCCAGGCUUCAUGUCCAUACCAACACCAGUUUUGCCAAGAAAACCUCGAAGACAGUCUUUGUUAGAAACUCAUAUAACAGAAUCCGAAAAUGUAGAAAGUACUCCAAGGCAAAGCAUGCCAAACCUGCCUGAAGGUAUCAUUAAAUCUAGAAAACCAGAGGAAUCACAGGCACGUCUCAUUCGUGGUGGAGGUCUGAAGACUAUUAAUGCAACACGAUAUGAAACAAUAAUAGCCGUGACCAACCUUGCCAUAGUAAACUGUCAAAUAUAUGGAAGAAAUGCACUUAAUCUUAAGGGCUUUUUUAUCACGAAAUGUCCAGACUUAAUGAUUUUGGCUUCCCAAUUGAUAUAUCUUAACUUAUCCUUUAAUGACAUCAGUUACUUUCCCACAGAAAUACUUUGUCUUAAAAAUUUACAAAUACUAUUACUGAGAAAUAAUCCUAUCAAAGAAAUCUCUUCUGAAAUUCAACAACUUAAGCUCCUUAGAGUUUUCAGCAUUGCCUUUAAUUUGAUUACUACUCUUCCACCUGGGUUAUUUUUUUUGUCCCAUCUUGAGGAACUUGAUAUUUCUUACAAUAGUAUUGUUUCCAUUCCAAAUGAAAUCCAGAAACUCAGAUUACUUGAAAAACUGAAUGUUGAUGGGAAUGAACUGAUGACUUUUCCAUCUGCAAUUUUGAAGCUUAACCUGAAAAAAAUCCUGUUUGAGAAUACUUUCACGCAUCCUGCUUUUUGGAAAGAGAAUUCUUUGAAUAGCCCACCGUCUCUUACUCAGAUUACUUCUUUUUUCUUUUUAAAAAAUAAUCUACAUGAAUAUUAUGAUGUGAUCCCAGUGGAAAUUCAAAAGCUACUAAAAUGCGCAUCUAGAUGUGAAUGGUGUCAGGGUCCCAAGUUUGGUGAAGGUUUUCGAGUCAUCCAGUCCUGUGACAUUUUUGGAGCAACACACCUUCCUGUUUUGUUUCUUGUCUGUUCUUCUUCCUGCUAUAGAAAAGUAAAGGAAAGCAGUUUUAUUUCAGAGAGCAUUCCUAGUAAAAAAGUAACUCUAAAUUCUGACUUGGUAAGUCAUGCAAUGAUUUAGGAGUCCCACUUUAAAAGCAAUUAGAGUUUAUGUCUAUAGUAAUGGAUUUCUUCGAGAGUGCAGUUUCUUUCUUCUGUGACUCCUCUUUGUAAUCCCAGCUCCUUAUGAAAGUCUGUGACUGUUAGGGAAUUGUUGCAGAAUGAUUACUUCAGAAGGAUUAGUAAAGGUCUUUGGAUUUCAGCAAAAAUCUAGAAAAUUUCUUUUAGAGCAUGUUUGCUGUAAAAUGAGCAAUGAUGGAAAAUUUUGCAAAAAAGGAUUUAUCUUAAAACUUGCAUUUUGGUGCAUCCAUUCCAAGUGAUGUGAUAGCAUUUCAAAGUCAUCAGUGGGGUUUGUGUCUCAGAUGGGCUCAGAUGGGUUCAAAGUCAAGUUCUCUUUGUGAAUUUCUAUGGAAAUCCAUCCAGUGCCAACCGUCUCAAUUGUGGAUUGUUUUAGGGAAUAAAAGAUUCA